GACUUAUACCUCCUGUGUCAUAUUUUUUUCCCAGACAAACCAUCAACCUCGGACUGAACCUGCCGUCUUCUAUUCGAAGGGCCCUCUGCGCAAGACUCGGCAUCAUGUUUGUUCUUCACCACAUCGCCAAGCCCAGCCGACUCGAAGGCGUCUCUUCCAUCGACGUCGAGAAAUUUGAAGUGCUGUCAAACGUCCCGGCCCCAUCGCUCGAGCUCUGCAAGCCGAUCGAUGAGUAUAUCGGAUACAUGUGCACUUCCGGAACGACAGGCACCCCCAAGACAUACAAGCUCUCUCAUCGGAUCUUCCAGUCCAGUCGCUUCUCGGCCGGUGUUCCGUACGGCAGCAUCGAGAUUUCUCAGGCACCUUCGUUCUCUGCCACCGUGGCGGCGUUUCUUCUGGCCAUGAACAUUCGAGGAUCCGCGUGGUUCCCAAAGCCCACGCCGAGCCCCAUCGACAAGGCCAUGGGCAUCGUCCAGCUUCUCGACGAAGGCUUGGACAUUAGCUUCUCGACGGCGACGUUCUUGAAAACGGUUUUCAGGGUGGCACUCUCAAAGAAUGCCCAGACAAAGUGGACCAAAGCCAAGCGCAUAUGUCUGGGAGCCGAAAUCAUUCCUCCAACACUGCUUGCGCAGGCAAAGGAGCUGUGUCCAAAUGCGGAGGUGCACUGCGUGUAUGCAUCCAGCGAGGCGGGUGUGCUUGGAGCCAUGUCUUUCUUCACGAACCGUCCCUCCGAGGCUCUGCCACCAAAGCUGGUCUACAGACUGCCAAAGCCAAACAUUCGCUGUCUGCUCUUUGAUGAGGAGGGCAACGUUGUCGACCAAAGCGUUUCCAAGAGUGGCAUCCUCGUCUUUGCUGUCGACAAGGACGACCCCAUCAAGAACCAUCCCAACUUUGUCAAUGCCGAUCCAAAUGACAAGCUCGCCUCGUUCGGCUUCCUCGAGGAUGGCUCGCCCCGUGUCUGCACCAUGGACUGGGUCGAGAUGGUUGGCGAUAAGCAGUUCGCGGUCGUUGGAAGAUUCGGUCAGAAGGUCAAGGUCAACGGUGUCUAUGUCGACCUCAACGCCCUCGAGGAGCUCACCAGCCAAUACAUGGGCCAUGUGAUUGUCGACUGUACCUUCAUCCAGACCUCCGAGAAGAAGAUCGUGAUGCUGUAUGCCCCCAAGAAAGGAUCUGAUCUCAAUGCAGCGCCAGGGGAAAUUCUGCAAAUGACUGAGGAAUUGUUUGCCCUCAAGAACAUCGCCAAGUUCCCGAUCCACAACUGCUUCGAGCUCGACGAGUUCCCCUUCAACGACUCGGGCAAGCGCGACCUCAAGAAGCUCAGGCGCAUCGCCGAGAAUGUCGAUCAGUUCGGCAAGUCGGUCGAGUACCCUCGUUUGAACUUGGUGGACAUUCCCCUGUCCCGCACCGCCGCCAAGAUCUCCACACUUGGCAGCCAGAUCAUCGACAACCCCGCCCUCGACGGCCGCAACUACUACAUCGGCGGCGUCGGCUUUGACUCGCUGAGUGUCGGUCGCCUGGCCCUCGCCAUCAAGGACGAGUUCAAUGUCGAGAUCUCGCCACUUAUCUUGCUGUCGAACGGAAUGACACCGACUGAUGUCGCCCAGCUGGUUGUCGACAUCCUCGACGACAAGCCUCUCAUUCCCCCGACUGUUGAUCUGGCUGCUGAGGCCGCCAAGCUCGACGAUGCGAGUGUGACGGCCGAGGGUCUUCCUCCGUUUGUCUAUCCCAAGGACCCUCGCGGCAUCGUCCUGACCGGUGCCACUGGCUUCCUCGGUGCCUUCCUGGUCUUUGAGCUGGCCCACAAGUUCCCUCGGGCCAAGAUCUACUGCCUGGUCCGAGCCAAGGACGAGCAGGAGGCUGUCGAGCGCAUCAUCAGCACGGCUCAGAAGCUGGUCCUCGAUCCGAGCCAGAGAGCCUUCCUUGACCACAGCCUCAAGUCUCGACUCAUUGGACUGUGCGGCGAUCUGUCGCAGGACAAGUGGGGACUCUCGGACGAGCGAUGGAAGGAGAUCGGCGAGGAGACCGACAUGAUUGUUCACAACGGCGCCGAGGUCCACUGGCUGUUUGACUAUGACAGACUCAAGGGACCCAAUGUCCUCGGCACGGCGACGGCCCUGAGACUGGCCACAACCCACCACCUGAAGCCGCUGCACUACAUCUCGACCAUCGGCACGAUCCCGAUGGCCAAGAAGGCAGACAAACCGCUCGAGGAGAAGAUCUACUCGGCCUGGAACAUCUCUGGCGGGUAUGGCCAGACCAAGUGGGUCUCUGAGCAGCUGAUCAACAAGGCACGAUCGAGGGGAGUGCCGGUGACGAUCAUUCGUCCAGCCGUCAUUGCUGGUGACAGCCAGUACGGAGUGUCCAACUCUGAUGACUACAUCUGGCGAUAUGUCAAGGGAUGCAUCCAACUCGGUGUUGCUCCCUCGCACGCCACUCCCGUCACCCUGACCAUGGAUCCCGUCGAUCAUGUUGCCAAGGUGGUUGCCGAGAUUGCCGGCUCUGAGGAGUCCCUGUCCAAGUUUGUGUUCCACAUCAGCGACUCGGAGCACAGCACUAUCACUGAAACCAAGCUGUUUGAGCUCGCCAACGCCUAUGGCUGGUCUGUCCUGUUUGAUACCCGCGAACAGUUCAAGAGUCGUCUCGAGGCUAAUCCCUCACCAGAGAGCAACGCCCUGUUCCCGUUCAUGCACAUGAUGAUGGACAUGUCCUUCAAGAUCGACAACACCAACACCCGCUCGAUCUGCGCCAGCCCGACUCCGCCCGCAUGGGAGAUUGCCGGCCGGUGUCUGAACUAUCUGUAUCGAGCUGGGUAUUUGCCGAGCCCUCAGAAGCCUCGCUCGUCGCUGAAAGAGGACCACUAUCCCGAAACCAGCAUCUUCACUCGUACUGGCCGAUGCUCUGGAUAAUGAGCCCGAUCGAUCGCGCAGACGCCGUAGUAUCCACACCAACAACCCCCGAUAUCUGAAUAUGAGCGCAGGUGGCGGUAAUG